UUCAAUGCAGCAAUAACGCGUUUUUAUGAAAUAACAAUAUCCCCUAACUUAUAUAGCUUUUUUAAUUCAUUUAUUUUUUUUUGUAAAAUUUAAUUAAUAUGCUUUUCUCAUAAUAAUAAUAAGAAAUUUUUACACUAAAAAUCUAAAAUGAUAAAUUUAUUACAUUAAUAUCUAUACACGGCUAAACCAACUUUUUUACACAUCUUUUAUAUUUUAUUACUAUUUUACCACAUGCACACACAAUUCAACCUUUUUUGACACGUGAUUGAUUGAUUGAUGCAUUACAUCAAUCACUCUAUACAUCAUUUCUCUCUUUUUUCUCUUCUUUUUCCUUUUAUUUUCUAUUUCUUUUUCAGUUUUUUUUAAAAAAAAUAAUAACCUUCAUAGCUAACACUUCCCUCUUCACAAUCACAACUCCAUUUUCACUCUUCUUUUUGUUCUUCAAAUUUUUUUUCAACUCCCAUCAACCGUUUUCUCUCUUUUUAUUUUUCUCUUAAUAUAUAAAUAUGGUUGUAACUUAUUCUUCAUCAACUCCUUCCCUUGUUCAAAAAAAAAUUUCUAAAAUGGAGUUGAAAUCUUUAGCUAAUAGAAACAAGGGUAAACGACAUGUUGUUGAGGAUGAUGACUCUAAUUUUGCUCCAUUGUCGAAACGUGGGCGAGCUCUUCCAAAGAAGAAAUCAAAGGUGGCAGCCCAUGAAAAAAUUCCUCAAGAUGAUGCUAAAAAAAAUGAUCAAGAUGGAGUUGGUCUUCAGUAUAAGUUGUUUUGCGGUUUUGAAACGAUCAAGGUAUGUCAGCUUCAUUGUUCGCUCCGUGCAGCUAAAGGUUUAGUGCAUGUGGUAUUUUUGUAAAUAUUUGUAUGUGGACUGUAUAAAUGUUUAAUGGGUCGGCCCAUAGUAUUUUUGUAAUUUUUUUUCCUUUUUUGUA